UCCGAAUUUCCUCCAGUGGAAUAGGACUCGUACUUCAAAUAUACGACAGGUGAACAAGGUUUUGUGGUCUUUCCUAUACAAUGAGGACCUUCAUUUUGCUGGCUUGUUUUGCCUUGCUUGGACACAGCAUCGCAGAGGAUGCUGUAGAAAACAAGGUAGACGCGGCAGUUGAAGAGGAGGAUGAGAAAUACAAUCCUAAAACUGAUCCCUGUUACUCCAAGGAAUGUCCUAUUGGCAAGGAGUGUGUGAUCAACAAAGAAGGGAAAGGACAUUGUGCGUGUAUGGAGGAGUGCCCAGAAGAGACAUCAGAGAGAGCAAAAGUAUGCAGUACAUCAAAUAUCACCUUUGACAGCGAGUGUGAGAUGCACAGACAAAAAUGCUUGUGUCACCACAAGAAGGAUCUCUGCGUAGAUGAAAAAUACAAACAUGUGAAACUAAACUAUUAUGGACCAUGUAAAGAGCAAGACGAAUGCACAGAAGAACAAAUGGCAGACUUUCCACUGAGGAUGCGUGAUUGGUUAGUUCUCGUCAUGAAGAAUUUGGCUGAUCGAGGAGAUCUGCCCGAAAAAACCAAAAAGCUGACCGAUGAAAACGAGAAACACACAAAGAAAUGGGUCCUUCCCGUUAUAUGGAAGUUCUGUGAUCUUGAUCUCGGUUUUGACAGGCACUUGACAUACAGAGAUCUCUUACCAUUGAGCGCCCCAUUGAAGACUCUUGAGCAUUGUACAGGCCCCUUCUUAGGUCUCUGUGAUAGCGACGACGAUGGGGAAAUCACUUUGAAGGAAUGGGGACAUUGUCUAGGACUUGAAGACGAUGAAAUUGCUGAUAAAUGUGAUGAGAUUCUCAAUUAAAUCAAAACCCUACAAGGACAGCACAGAAAAAACGUCAGUAGUAAAACCUACAUGAAGGAGUUCCAACAAUAUGCAAUAUAUUUCACUUAGACUUUUUAUCAGAAGAGAUACUGUGAUAGUUAUCUUCCUCAUAUAUGUAGAUCACAUUGUGAUCUAAAUUUUGCAUUUAACAUUGCAUUUAAUUCAACGUUGCAUUUUAAAACGUAUUCAAGUAUGUAGAACUUACUACAAAAUACAUUAUAGGACUAGUCAUUUGCCGUUUUCACAUCUCUGCUAAUUGAUUAAGAAGUUUUUUGUGAUACAUACGAAAUAGCUGCUUUUAUAUUGCAAGAAAUAGAAUGACUCAAAUGAAAUCAAAUCAAUCAAGAAGAACAUGUAGAUUACCAGGCAAGAGUAAUGUAGAGUGUAUGUUAUGCAAUACAUAAUUACAUGUCACACGAAAUAUGUCAUUGUCACAAAUUUGAUUAUAUUUGGGCCCAUCAUUUUGUAAUUUCCAAUGCCCAAUAUGACAACCAGGAUUGAAACAAUGUUUUCUGAUGUUUCCAACACAAGUGUCAGCCAUUUAUUAAUGGCGGGAAAUUCAAAUCUUUACAAAAUAUAUAUUUCAAAUAUAUGAAAUUCUA